UUCUUGGCAAUAGAGUGUAAAAGCCAUUGAUUUAAUUUUGGAUGUGUUGUUUGUAAGGUAUUUGUGAUCUAUCUUUGAAACAAAACUGUCUUCUGGACAUUAUGACUUCUAUGAAUGAUGCCGCGAGGACUUUGAAACACACGUCACAGGGGUCAAGAGCGGGAACUAAACAACAAACGAGAGGGUCGGCGAGGCCUCCCCAACACGGAGAAAGUCAGUCUGACGACAGACGACAAAUACAAAGCCGGACAGACAACCAGUCACGUCAAAGGUCGAACCAGAACCAAAACUUCAAGCAGUCUAGACAAAGAUCUCAACAACCUGAACAAAAUCUGAACCAAUCACGACAAAGGACUCAACCAGAACCCAACCUUAAUCAAUCUAGACAACGAUCUCAACCUGAACCAAAUCUAAACCAAUCACGUCAGAGAACUCAACCCGAACCAAACCUUAACCAAUCAAGACAACGAUCUCAACCUGAAUCAGAUCUCAACCAAUCACGACAAAGGACUCAACCAGAACCCAACCUCAAUCAAUCAAGACAGAGAACUCAACCUGAACCCAACCUCAACCAAUCUAGACAACGAUCUCAACAAGGAUAUGACGAAGACUAUGAGAACAAUAACAGGUCCAGACAGAGGAGUCAGCAGACGGAUCCUCGAUCUAGAGAGAGAACCCAGGAUGGACAAAGGUCUGUUUUACAAACACAGGACAGAAACCGGUCAGUGAUUCAAAGUCCUGGAGGCUGGAGUAAUAGGGAAGAAAUUAUCCCACAAAGUAACCUGUCUCAACAAGCCGUCACACCUAGGUCUCAACGACCAUCUCAACAAGGCAGAAUCUCGGCCCGGCCAUCUCAGACGGGCGGAUCCAGAGGAGCAGCAGGUCCUAGUCAACAGGCCGAAAAUGAAGAUGAAUACGAUGAAGAAGAAGAGGAUGAGGACGAUGUCAGUGAAGAUAAUUCCUUUGUGGAUUAUUACCCAGAAUAUGCACCGCCCCCAUCAACAAAACCAAAAGGACCGAGGGCAGAAACUGCAGACGACUAUGAAACAUGUAGUUGUUUCCCAAGACGAAAAAAUAAAAACAUUCCUUCCAUGCUUUAUGAAAAUAUAACCUGUGUUCACACUGGAUUAAAAGGCCAAUCACAUGCAGGUGUAUUUAGAUUCGAGGAUAACUGGAUUGAAGGAGACGUUCAAACGGCUCCCAAACAAAAGGGCAACGAAAAGAAAAACAAGAAGAAAGAAAGGACAAUUCCCCGACCGAAGAUGAAAUAUGUGUAUGGUUACCCCAAACCAGUAUUACCGGCCUUCUCAGAUGAUGAAGAGGGGGAUGAUCAGGAUGAAGAUGAUGAUGAUGAAGAUCUUUUAUCCGAGGAAGAUGAUAUAGAUGCCGUGUCCACUAAAAGUAAGCCUCAGCCGAAUUUAAAAAAAUCAAAAAGCAAAUCUAACAAUAAAAAGAAACAACAGAAAAAAGACGACAAUGACACAGGAGUAGAGGAAAUGGAUGAUGAUGAUUUUGAUGAGGAGGAGGAAGAUGAGCCACAGGGACCGAUCACUAGAGAGGAAGCGUAUUAUCCAGUAAUGCUUCCUCAGAUUGGUCACUCCCCGCCUCCGUCCCGCGAAAGGUCUCGUCUGUCAGCAAGAUCACAACCUGCUCUGCCUCCGCUGCCAGAAAGCCCAUUCAUGACAACGCACAAAGACAAAAAGAAGCCUUCCAUUAAACCUUCCCAGUCUUUCCGUUCAGAGCAAAGGGAACUUCCAAUAUCCAGAGAAAGCGGUAGACACUCGGCUCCGGAUAUCCGAAUGUCACCAUCACCACGAGCACAAAAACCUAUCAUGAAAACGAGGCGAUUCCAAGGGGUGUACUUUGAUCCAGUCCGAAAAAGAGCCGUUCCAUAUGACAUUUCAUGGAAUGGACAUCUUGAACAAAAUGAUGGCAGAAUGUCUUCACGCAUGCCCAGUCGCAUGCGGAGCGGAAGCCGUUACAGCAAGGCUGACAUUCCGGAAGAGGAAGACUACUAUGACGACGAGGGGUACGAGGAAGAUAUGGGGACUUCCGGACAUCGAUGAAUUCCAAGAUGUGUUUAAAAAAAUU